GUGAGUAUUUUGUCAUGCAUAGUCAGCUUAUGGCUAAAAUAGUCUCAGGUGUUCCAUCGUCGACUUAUGGAAGAUAGCCUGAGGGAAUUCGUUCACGCCACCAGACUCCUCAGGCUGUUAGAUGGUUCUGCAUGAGACUGCCGAUGAGAAAUCAUUGUAUAAAAACUGAAGAGGAUAUGCUCCACGUCGACAGGAUCUAGUCCCGUUCUUCAGAGUCAAGGCUCAAUAACAAUGUCGCUCCCAAAAAUCUGGCUCAUUACAGGCGCAUCUUCUGGUUUCGGUCGAUAUAUGACAGAAAUCGUUCUUGCCAAGGGGGACAUCGCAGUUCCUACCGCUCGUGACCUGCAAAACUUGACCGACCUCAAGUCUCGCUACUCUGCCGAUAGAUUGCUGCCACUCAAGCUCGAUGUCACGAAGUCUGAAGAAAUUACCGCAGCCUUCGACAAAGUCAAGGAAGUCUUUGGACGGCUGGAUUUCGUCUUCAAUAACGCUGGCUGUAUGGCUAUCGCGGAAGUUGAGGGUAAUCCAGACGACGUCGCGCGAGGCAUGUUCGAGGUGAAUUUCUGGGGAGCAGCCAAUAUCAGUCGAGCCGCUGUCAAGUUCUUCCGAGAGGUGAACGCCCCUGGUGUCGGCGGAAGGUUGUUUAGCAUCAGUGGUGGAUUGGGACUGUUUAGUUUCCCGACUGUCGGCUACUAUUGUGCGACGAAGCAUGCUCUUGAAGGUCUCACCGAAGCAAUGGCAAAGGAACUCGACCCUGAGUGGAAUAUAAAGAUCGUCAUCAUCGAACCGGGCGUCUUUCGCACCAACAUCACAAGUACCAGCCUCAUUAAAAUACCCCCUCAUCCGGCAUAUGCGAAACCCACCAACCCCAGCACAUUCGUCCGCUCUCUAUUUGAGCCCUCGGCAGAGUCCCACGGGAGCGACGCUGCCAAGGCCUGCGAGAAAUUCUAUGAUUUGGCGCAGCUUCCUGAUCCUCCCCUCAGGUUCCCUGUUGGGAAGGACGUUUUCGGGAGGAUCAGGACGCAGCUGAAGAGUAUUGCUGAUGAUGCUGAGAAGUAUGAGUCCUGGUCUGAAGGUUUGGAAUAAAUGAUCCACGUUCGAUGAUAUGGUCGUGAAAUAGGUGUAUGUCGAUGGCUUCUUAUCGAUCCUGAUACGUACAAGUCUUCCGUGUAUAUGAAUUACCGAAGAAUCUAGCUUUCUCC